GUUGACUGUGUGCUCUGUGGGACGCGCGGUGAUUUAAUUUCCGCUCAAUUUAAAGUAAUUAUUAAUAUAAAUCUACAGAAACAAAUUGUCAUUAUAAAAAGUAACUUCGUGGUUAUAUCAGUGGAAAAGAACUUCCACUCAGAUACAAGAUCAAAAUAUUUUCAAUAACUUCAUAGCAGGAAGUGCAUUUUUAUCAUAAUUUGGUCAGAAAACAUAAUAUUAUUAUGAUUCAUUGAUCGAUGCAUCAAUCCACCAUCAAUCAAACUUCUGAUAUUCUGUCAACACAUUUUUUUAAUCAAAAUGCACGAUUUUCAAGAAAUCUUCAAUGACUUCGAGAAUUUCACAAAUAGUUGGUGGCCAUAUAUUAUCUCUUUAAUAAUAAGUAUAGUAAGUGCGAUCAGAAUUUAUGUCGGAGGCACUUUCUGUGAAAGCUCAAAUAGAAUUGAGGGAAAAAAUGUGAUUAUUACUGGAGCAUCCAGUGGAAUUGGUCUAGAAACCGCUAAGGAAUUAUCAAAAAGAGGGGCUCACUUAAUAUUGGCAGUAAGGAAUGCUGAGAAGGGAGCAAAGGCAAUAGAAGAAAUAAAGGCAAUCAACAGUAAAGCAAACGUAUUGGUGAAGCUAUUGGAUAUGUCUGAUUUUGGUAAUAUUCGUACUUUUGUUGAUCAGAUCAAAGAUGAAUAUAACAAAAUUGACAUUUUAAUUAAUAAUGCUGGAACAAUCUCGGAUUCCCAUACAAUAACACAGGAUGGAAAUGAACUUACUUUCGUAACAAAUUAUUUGGGUCCAUUUUUGUUGACACAUUUGCUUCUACCGCUUCUGAAUAAAUCUGAUGACAAUGGGAGAGUGAUAAACGUAUCGGCCCUGGCACACUAUAAUGGCAAGCUGAAACUGGAAACUAUCAAUUCGGCAAAUAAUUUCAACAAUCAUACUGCUUUUGCAGAGAGUAAACUUGCUCUCACAAUAUUCACCAAGCAUAUGGCUCGUUUAUUCAAAGAUACCAAAGUAACAUUCAACUCAGUGAGUCCGGGUUUAGUGCGAGAUACCGGACACAUUGCGAAAUACUCGUCACUGGGUAAUUCCUUUCUCACGAAAUUAUCUGUUUAUCCCUGGGUAUGGUUGUUUUUGAAAACACCUAAGCAAGGAUGUCAGUCAAUCGUAUAUUUGGCAGUAGAACCAACAUUGCAUAAUGUUUCUGGAUAUUAUUUUAGUGAUUGUGAAAUAAAAGAUCCUUCCAAUGCAGUUAAUGAUGCCAAAUUAGCAGAAGCUCUUUAUACAAAAUCUUGCAAACUAGUAAACAUUGACCCAGAGAGUAUCAUUAUUUCUGAAAAAGAGCAAGUAAAACAAUGAAAUUCGCCAGAAUCAAUCAUAGAAUAGUUUCAACACCUCAAAAUCUGGGAACGCUGAUUAAGGCAAGCUGUUCAACCUAGUCCACUUCUCACUGGUCAUCCAUAACCAUUUGGCACUACCUCCAUCCGUUGCAGCUGGACCAACGUUACUCUCUUCAUAAUUACUGAAACAAUGGAGGAAAUUCUGGCACUCUUUGAAAAUUCAUUUUUAGACGUUUUUUGUGCAACAAAAUUCUAUUGAAUAAAAUUGAUUUAUACUCAA